AUGUCUGGUCCGCAUACUCCAAUGGAGGAUAAUGACAAUUCUAUGAUAACCCACGAAAUCGUGGUUGAUAGUAUAGUACCGGAAAGCGAAGAUCAUUAUAUGGUAGAGGAACGACCACUUCGUAGUAGAGGGGACGAGGAAGACACAUAUAAGACUAGACGACGAAGAUCAAGCAGUAGAUCUCAGUCGCCUCGCAGACACUCGCAUACUUCUAUUACGCGUCGUUCCAGAUCACCCAGACAUGGGAUCGAACGUUCCCCUCGACAUUCACGUUCUCCACUAUCACAAACACGCUCUCAACAACGAGAAGGUGCAGACUCGUAUCGUCCCUCUCGUCGUUCUUCACAUAAUGAUCAUUAUGAACCGCCGGACCGACGAGAUCGAGACGUAGAAAGAGAUAGAGGAGGUCAUGAUAGAGGUGCUAGGGAUUCAUCUUAUCACCAUCAUCGUGAUCAUAGAGAUCAUAGAGAUCAUCGUGAAUACCAUCGUGAACGCCGUGAACAUCGUGAACAUCGUGAGCGGCGAGAGGUGUCUCGAUCAAGUGAUAGACCACCUACCACUCGUGGUACCAGCUUUCGUACUUCUGAUCGAAGUUAUCCUGCUAUAGCUGCUUCUCAGCGAUCACAAAAAGAAUGUAGAGUAUACGUUGGGAAUUUGGCGUAUGAAGUAAAAUGGGGACAAUUAAAAGAUUUCAUGCGUCAAGCCGGUGAAGUUGUUUUCGCUGAUGUUUUGUUGCAGCCUAACGGCAUGUCCAAGGGAUGUGGCGUUGUUGAAUACCGUACCCCGGAAGAGGCAAGACGAGCUAUUGAAACGCUUAACGAUACCUCGCUUCUUGGGCGACCCAUAUUUAUUCGCGAGGAUCGAGAAUCCGAAGCUAAAUUUGUCAAUGGAAGACAAAUUUUUGUAGGGAAUAUUCCUUAUUCAAUCGGUUGGCAAGAAUUAAAAGAUCUAUUUAGGAAUGCCGGAAAUAUCAUUCGGGCGGAUAUUCUCAUUGGCCAUGAUGGGAGAUCAAAAGGCUCCGGAACGGUAUUAUUUGAGACGCCAAAAGAUGCUUCACACGCAAUCU